AUGUUGCCGCAAUGUAUGCUAUGUCGAUGGACAUGCGGCCCACAUGACUAUCCGCCGAGCUGGAAACUGGGUUUGAUGUUGGGGUUCGGAUCGCACGGGUUACAGGGUUGUCGUUGGAUUGGGGUCACACAGGCCCGUGGUUGUGGACAAGGGGAGUGCCUGAACGGAGCAGAAAUACGAUAUGCCACAGCCGGAGUUUUCUUCUUGUAA